CCGGCGGCGUGCACGGCCCCGCAGCAUCCCCCCUUCCCGCAUUCCACAGUGGUUCCGCCCGGGAGGCCGGCGUCUCUCCCCCAGUUUGCCGUUCCCCGGGAGCGCACGGGACUUGCCAAUCGCGGUGACGGCGGCAACAUGUCUGUGGCGUUCGCAGCCCCGAGGCAGCGAGGCAAGGGGGAGAUCACACCCGCGGCGAUUCAGAAGAUGUUGGAUGAAAAUAACCAUCUUAUUCAGUGUAUAAUGGACUAUCAGAAUAAAGGAAAGGCUUCAGAGUGUUCUCAGUAUCAGCAGAUGUUGCAUACAAACUUGGUAUAUCUUGCUACAAUAGCUGAUUCUAACCAAAAUAUGCAGUCUCUUUUACCAGCACCACCCACACAGAAUAUGCCUAUGGGUCCUGGAGGAAUGAGUCAGAGUGGCCCUCCCCCACCUCCACGCUCUCACAACAUGCCUUCAGAUGGAAUGGUAGGUGGGGGUCCUCCUGCUCCACACAUGCAGAACCAGAUGAACGGCCAGAUGCCUGGGCCUAACCACAUGCCUAUGCAGGGACCUGGACCCAAUCAACUGAAUAUGACAAACAGUUCCAUGAAUAUGCCUUCAAGUAGCCAUGGAUCCAUGGGAGGCUACAACCAUUCCGUGCCAUCAUCACAGAGCAUGCCAGUACAGAAUCAGAUGACAAUGAGUCAAGGGCAACCGAUGGGCAACUAUGGCCCCAGACCAAAUAUGAAUAUGCAACCAAACCAAGGUCCAAUGAUGCAUCAGCAGCCUCCUUCUCAGCAAUACAAUAUGCCACAGGGAGGAGGGCAGCAUUACCAAGGACAGCAGCCACCCAUGGGAAUGAUGGGUCAGGUUAACCAAGGCAAUCACAUGAUGGGUCAGAGACAGAUUCCUCCCUAUAGACCACCUCAACAGGGCCCACCACAGCAGUACUCAGGCCAGGAAGACUAUUAUGGGGACCAAUACAGUCAUGGUGGACAAGGUCCUCCAGAAGGCAUGAACCAGCAGUAUUACCCUGAUGGUCAUAAUGAUUACGGUUAUCAGCAACCGUCGUAUCCUGAACAAGGCUACGAUAGGCCUUAUGAGGAUUCCUCACAACAUUACUACGAAGGAGGAAAUUCACAAUAUGGCCAGCAACAAGAUGCUUACCAAGGACCACCUCCACAACAAGGAUACCCACCCCAGCAGCAGCAGUAUCCUGGGCAGCAAGGUUACCCAGGACAACAACAAGGCUAUGGUCCCUCCCAGGGUGGUCCAGGUCCUCAGUAUCCUAACUAUCCACAGGGACAAGGUCAACAGUAUGGGGGAUACAGACCAACACAGCCUGGACCACCACAGCCACCCCAGCAGAGGCCUUAUGGGUAUGACCAGGGACAGUAUGGAAAUUACCAGCAGUGAAAAGUACUUACAUUCCAAUCCAGUAUCUACUAGUAGCCAUAUUGUCACCUCAGCACUGUGGACACCUCCUUAUGAAGACAGCCUUCCAUUCCAUCUAGUUUUGGGGAUAACCUUUUGGAUAAGUGGGUGUUUCAUCCCUUAACAGCCUUUGUGGUUUAGUUGUAAAAGGCUUCAUUAGCUCAAAAAUACUCCUGAUUUCACAUUUCUACUCUAGAUGGCAACAUUGGACAGAAAAUAUAAUGAUAUAACCAAUUUGCAGAGAUUUCAGAACCAUGUUUCAAACGAACUGUUAGAGACUGAAAGGUGUGAACAGCUUUGUAUGUUUAUGAAGGUUAAGGGAAUUUAAUACUUUUCCACAGAUUCUUUUGUAAGGGGAGGAGGGAAUGUACACUUUUUACAGCAGCAAUAUUUUGUAUAUUAUGUUUAUUUCAUGUGGUAAAUAUGCAAUGCGGUACACUACGCACUGGACAGCAUCAGAAAUCCUCUGUUAAUGUGGACUAGAUUGUGGUAAAUGCUUAAUUGUUUUGCUCUCAAAUGGUUUACCAUGAAGAUAAAGGUGAGGGAAAAGACAAAAGCAUACCAUAUGUCCACUGUUAUGUUCUCAUAGAGGAGAAUCCAAGUUCUUUUAUCUAUCAGAUAAUCAAGGGCACUUGAUACAGUUUUUGAGUAAAAUGACUUUUUUUUAAAGCCUUCCAAUUUUGUGGACUAAAAUCUUUUUUAUAAAGAUUGUUUAUAAAAACCGUUUCAAAAUAUGAUGCAAUAAGAAUUACUUUAUGUUGGAUCUGAGGAAUCUUUUGGUUUCAUGUAAAGGAAGUGAGAAUCUUCUAAAAUAGCAAUAACUGAAAAUGAAAGCGUUAAUUUUACCUUAUUUGAAUAAUCAGGGAAUUUAGUAAGUUAUAUGAAGACAUUUUAUAGAUGAUAUCAAAGAAGAGUCAACCUUGAUCCAGUAAUUUUAUUUUUUAACAUUAAAAGAAUUGGUUUAUAUAACAAAAUAGUUUGAGAGACUUUACAAACCUUUAUUUCAAUUUUAUUAACUGGAAAUAAUGCUUUUAUGUUUUUUCCCUUUUCAUGUUGGAUAAUACAACAGAUGUCUAGGAAAGUUCUUGUUGAUGAGUUUAUUCAGAUAAAUGAAAACAUAGAGGUUGCAGUUUAGUCUCUUUGUAAGCAUAGCAUAUUUAAUCAUUAUUUGAGACUGGCCUAUGUCUGCUGAUUGUUUCAGCUCAAUUUGGGGAUAUUGCACUGGGCAGGAAAGCAUGCACUGAGAAAUUUCCAACCACAGUUAUUUAAGCAUAAUCUGAAAACAUCUAGCCCAAAGGUAAGUUGCUAUUUUCAUCACAGUUGGUUGUGCCCAGGGAAUAAGAUGUAUUCUUUAUAAUUGAAUUGGCUUUUUCCACUUCUAACUGGAAACAAAACAGAAGGGGUGCCAUAAAUUUGAAUAAGCAGAACAUACUGUUUGCAACAUACUGUAAUCAAAAGGAAUAUCAGUGUCUCUGUGUGUAUGAGAGCGAGAAUGUGUGUGUUUUAAGAUCAUAAUAGAUUUUUUCCAACUUGUUCAAUAGAAAAUGGACAUCAAGUUUGAACAGAUACAACAUAGACAGCCAUACUGUGAUUUGAAAUGCUUUAUAGGUUCUGUGCCAAUUUUCCACCACUGUGUACUUUGUUACUAUUUAAAACUGUAUCAACUCUUAACGGAAGAAUAAAUUAUUUGUGAUUUUAAUUUUCUCAUUUGUUUCUUUAAAUUAGAUCUCUUUGACUUUCCUGUUUUGUCUGGAGACUGUGCGAUGGGUUUUUAUAUAAGUUAGUCCAGUAUAAGCAGACUGUAUUUGUAUUCGAGGACUUUAUCAAAAUUCUCUUGCCAUGCCCAAGUUAAUUAGAAUUAACUGUUCAGUAAUCAGAAUGUUGUGUAGAUUGUUUAUUACAGAAUUCUUUCUGUGAAAAUGAAGUCCAUGAGGCUAUAAUCAAGAUGACUGAAUUAGAUAAAUGAGUUGAGGAGACAAAAUUAUACUGAACCCAACCUGGUGUAGAUACGUUAUCUCAUUUGAAACAAGCUCAACUGACAUUAAGAAAUAAUUUGUCUUGCCAACCCAUCUUCUGUUGUCUUAUUCUCCUUUUAAUGGAAACUAAAAUUGCAAUUUUAAUAAGCAGAAUUUCCUCCAGGACUUUGCUCCUGGAGACUAGUGCAUUUGCAAGGUUUAAUUGUUUUAUAACAAUCCUAUUUUGUAAAAGUUUUUAAUUGGUGGUGACAAAAAUUACCUUACUCCUUUGAUACCAAGUUAGAAGAAUAACUUUUUGCCAGUAACUUUCUACCAAAUUUGACAUUUCCAAUGGAUUAUAUGUUAUAAAACCAAAAUCCUACUUAAUCAAAAUGCAUUUUAAUGAAUAGCUUACCAUCAUAUACUAUUCCAGAAGCAAAGGAUUACUAAGCAAAGAAUAGUGAUUAUUGACAGAUCAUUU